AUUCUAGUUUAUCUUUUAUUCUCCUUCCAAAAAAGUGUGUACUAUCUCGAUUAAUUUGCAACCAUUUUCAUUUGGUUUCUCUACAUUCGGUCCGAACACGACUAUGAGUUUGAUUCGGCAAAGUUAUUGGGUUUUGUCUCUCAGAAGUUUGGUGCAAGAAUGCAUCAGAAAAUGCAUCACUUGCACUAGAUUUCGUGGUGCUUCUUAUCAACCUUUAAUGGCUCCUCUACCGUCACAAAGAGUGAAUAUUGCACGACCAUUCAGUAAGGUAGGUGUGGAUUUCGCCAUUUUCCUAUCGGUCAAAUAAUUCACGUAAACCAACAAUGUUGAAAGCAUAUCUUGCCUUAUUUGUAUGCUUUUCAACUAAAGCAGUUCGUUUAGAACUCGUGUCAUCUCUCAAUGUAGAGGCAUUUCUAUCAACCUUAGAUAGAUUUAUUGCAAGAAGAGGUUUACCCCAAGAGAUUUGGUCAGAUAACGGUAAAAAUUUUGUAGGUUCUGCGCGUUAUAUUUCUGAAGUUAGUCACUUUUUAGGUCAAAAUAAUUCAGAUAUUUCCGAAAAAUUAGCAUCUAAAUCCAUUAAAUGGAAAUUCAUCCCCCCAUAUGCUCCUCAUUUCGGUGGCCUCUGGGAGGCCGGUGUGAAGUCGGCAAAGAGACUUCUUUUCAAAAUGUUGGGCACAACUGCCUGUACAUUUGAGGAAUUGGCAACAAUUUUUGCUCGUAUUGAAGCUGUACUAAACAGUAGACCGAUAUGUCCAUUAUCUAAAGACCCCUCUGAGUCUGUCGAUUUUCUUACUCCAGGACAUUUCCUGAUAGGUGCCCCCCUCUUAUCUAGUCCCGAGUUAUCCUAUGACGAGUUCAAAACUCCUCUCAAUCGUUGGGAACAACAUAAAAAAUUAUUCCAACAGUUUUGGAAAAAGUGGUCAAGUGACUAUUUACAUACCAUGCUUCAACGCAAUAAGUGGCAUUCAGAAAAUGUUUGUCCAUCUGAAGGAGAUUUAGUCCUUAUAAAGGGCGUUGAAUCAAGUUCUGCCACUUGGCCCAUCGGGCGUAUAUUGAAAUUAUAUCCAGGACCUGAUGGUAUAAUUCGUGUAGCAUCUGUUAAGACCGCAACUGGUCAAUAUACGAGAGCGCUGACGAAAUUGGUGCCAUUCAACCUUUAAGGUAAUAAGGUAUUUAAUUUCAUCGUUUCCAUUAUUCCUUCUUGUAUGUCGUUUGUCUGUAAAAUUAGGUAAAUUUUAGGUGGGCGGUUAUGUUCACGCCAAGUGAACGUUCUUUUUUUCAGUUCAAUUUCCUCAAAACUUUUCAAUUUUUCAGUUAUUAAAUUUCGAAUGAAUUUAAAUGCGGUAUUUAUCGCAAUUUUAAAACAGCUGUGAUCUCUGCCGCUUAGCGCACAUGUUGUGAUUUCCAUAUCAGUCAGUAUCAUUCUUGACGUGUCAUACGAAAGAUUGAUUGUUUCCAUUCUGCUCCCUAAUAAUAAUUAUUGUUCUAAUAAUUUACGUACACAAAUUUCGGAAAAUAUCGCAUUUUCAACGCGGUGUUCGCUGACAAUCGAAGUUGUGUAUAUCAGAAAUACUGUGUUUCUGUUCCAUAAACAUUAAAUCAAAAGACUCCGUUGUGAGAAAUAAAGUUGUCACCAGUGGCGUACUCUGUGACAUUCCUAAGGAUAAGUGGGGUCGAAUUAAUAAUUUUCCAGCUUGUCAAUCAUAAAGGAUCUACCACUUCUGGUUCAGUUUGUUGAGCUCAAUCAAUCUGCUUCUGGAAGCUGAGGACUGCUGCAAGAUCCAUAACUUAAGUUCACCCACUUCUAGGUAAGAAUAUUAUUUAAUUAUUACUUUGGUUUCACUUGUCCUUUUCGUUUUCGUACUGUGUUGGGAUAAGAUUUAACUCUAAAUACAGUCCACUAAAAUUUUCUUUGUAAAUCCCAAACACUUGACUAAUG